UCCGGAGCAGCGUCCCCCGGUUCCCCCUGUCGGAGAACAGCGGCAGCGGAGGGAGGGGGGAAAGGGACAAGCCGAGAGAAAGCGGAGGGGAGGAGAAAAAUAAGACAGGAGCGCAGCGAGGAGGACGAGAACACGCCAGAGAAGAGGACGCUGCUGCUUCACUGAGGCCCUCGUUACUGGAUGAAGAGAGAGCCACUGACUACCAGUAUGGACGCGCUCCAUCCUGUAAUUUCCCACAAUCCUUAGUUGUCUGAUCUGCAGCUGAGUCUACUGAACCCUGAACUGUGACCAGCGCCAGUCUGUGACUGACCUCCUGUCAGAAAUCGAGACUCAUCAGACCAGGCAACAUUUUUCCAGUCUUCAACUGUCCAAUUUUGGUGAACUGUCUUGUGCCACGAUGAUGUCAGUCGAUGUGACCAAUCAUAAUGGCCCCACUGCCACGCCUCCCAACUCACUCAGCCUACGCUCCUCACACAACCAGCUUCUCAGCAGCGAUGUCAUCAAACAGGGCUCUGCCACGCCUCCCAAGUGUCGCAAAAAGUAUGCACUUACCAGUAUCCAGGCUGCCAUGGGUCUCGGAGAAGCUCUGCCGCCUUCUUCAUCACCAUCUUCAUCCCCAUCACAGUCUUCAACCCCCAACAAUCCUAAACUAGCCAAGAACGGAGUCAACCAGCUCCGUAAAGCUGGUCAGGAUCACAACAAAAACACCACCGGCUCUGGCCCGACGGACCUGGAGUGUAAUUCAGAAACUACAGCAGAUGACUACAGUGUCAACACAGCUGAGGAACAUGACAGUCACACUCUCACCAAUAAUGACAGAGAGGAAGAUGUUAUUAAGCUGGAUGUUGAACUGCACCCAGACUCUAACACUGAUGCAGAGCCCGAGCAGAAAACCGAAUCAGAGAUAGACUUUAGCAUUAACACGACUGUGGAGCUCAAACUGAACGGCAACACAACCGAUGUGGGCUUUGAUUUGAACAAUGAGGCAGAGGAGAGUGACGACAUCAGUAUUCUUUCUGAGAAGGAAAUUAUGUCAAAGAUGAAGCUUGAGGAAGAUGGAGAUGAGGUGGUAGUGGAGGAGCAGGAAGACGAGGAGAAGAAGCCUUUACUGAUGAUACAAAGUGAGUCUCCCGUGAAGAACCGUAAAGUUUCCUCAGACCUGGAGCUCAUCUCUGACCUCCACGCCAACUUCAAGCUCCUCAAAUCAGGGAAGGACUCUCCAGUGCCUCCUCCACCCUCUCCACCCAGGCAAGCCAGCCCAGAGGACAUGCCGUUGCUCUCUGUGGCCUCCUGCUCCUCCUCUUCCUCCUCCUCUCCAGAGACGAAGAAGGACAGAAGGACUGGCGCGAAGACAGACUGUGCUUUGAACCGCAUCCAGAAUCUGAACCCCAGUGACGAAGAGUUGAGUUGGACAACACUGUCCCAGGAGAGCAACUCCCCAGAGGAAACAGAUAUCUGGAGUGAGCAGUCAUUCCAGACAGACCCUGACCUGCCUCCAGGAUGGAAGAAGAUCACAGAUAUGGCUGGUAUCUACUACUGGCACAUUCCUACAGGCACCACCCAGUGGGAGAGGCCUGCCACCCGACCAGCACCGCCUGGACAGACAGAGUCCCAGGUCCUGGGUGACCACACAGCCUCCACACCACGUAAACACUCUCUGGGCUCACUCAGCCCCUCACCUACUCCUGACCAUGAGUCGUGCCAGGCAGAGAUCUUCUUCAGGGCGUCAACUCGUUCAGGCAGCACCACCUCCGACAGCUCAGUGGAGCCUCUCUCUACUCUUGAGCCCGCCAUCACCACAUGUGGAUUUGUCAACAGCUGCUACUUUCCUCGUUCCACAUCUCUGCAGGGGAUGCCUGAUCAAGAUCAUCAUGAAGAUGAGGACAAGAAACAGGUGUGGAGUGAUUUUGGCGGAAAAAUUGAUAGUGAAGUGUGGAAGGACCUGCAGGCAGCCACAGUGAACCCUGACCCCAGUCUGAAGGAGUUUGAGGGUGCUACGCUUCGCUACGCAUCACUCAAACUGAGAAACCGUCCAGCAGUGGAAGAAACAGAGUCCAGCGGUAGUAACAGUGACCCAGAAGCAAAGUGUUUUGCAGUGCGCUCUCUGGGAUGGGUGGAGAUGGCUGAGGAGGACUUGGCUCCUGGAAAGAGCAGUGUUGCUGUUAACAACUGCAUCCGACAGCUAUCCUACUGCAAGAAUGACAUCCGAGACACAGUUGGUAUCUGGGGAGAGGGGAAGGACAUGUACCUGGUGCUGGAGAAUAAUAUGUUGAACCUGGUCGACCCCAUGGAUCGCAGCGUGCUUCAUUCUCAGCCAAUCGCAAGUAUCCGCGUCUGGGGCGUUGGCCGGGACAACGGCAGAGAGAGGGACUUUGCAUAUGUGGCGCGGGAUAAAAACACUAGGAUCCUGAAAUGUCAUGUGUUCCGCUGUGACACACCAGCCAAAGCCAUCGCCACCAGCCUGCAUGAAAUCUGCUCCCGGAUAAUGACAGAGCGAAAGAAUGCCAAAGCGAUGGCAGGAGGCUCUCUCCAGGACAGGAUGCAGGCAGGAUUAGAUCUCCCUUUACAAGCAGAGUUCCCCACACCAAAGAAAGAGCUGGUUCAGAAGUUUCAAGUGCUCUACCUUGGGAUGUUGCCUGUGGCUAGACCAAUAGGCAUGGACAUACUGAACGGAGCUAUAGACAGUCUGAUCGGUUCUUCCAACAGAGAGGACUGGACUCCGGUUGCCCUCAAUGUGGCCGAUGCUACUGUCACUAUCAGCAAGGAAAAGGAUGAAGAGGAAGUGUUGGUGGAGUGUCGUGUUCGUUUCCUGUCUUUCAUGGGUGUGGGACGUGACGUGCACACGUUUGCCUUUGUCAUGGAUGCCGGCGGCCAUCGUUUUGACUGUCACGUCUUCUGGUGUGAGCCCAACGCUGGGAACGUGUCGGAGGCUGUACAGGCAGCUUGUAUGCUGCGGUAUCAGAAGUGUUUGGUGGCUCGACCCCCCUCCCAGAAGGCCUGCGCCUCGUCACCCCCCGGUGACUCUGUGUCCCGUCGGGUCUCGACCAGCGUAAAGAGGGGCGUCCUGUCUCUCAUCGACACCCUCAAACAGAAGAGACCCGUCACUGAGUUGCAGCAGUAAAUGUGGUUAAGCUCUACCGACUCCCUGCCACAACCCCCAGUCACCAUGGUCGCAUCGCCGCCAAAACCCGUCACCAAGUAACCAUGAAAACACAGCAAAGCCCCAGGGUUUGGGAAACCCUGUCACAGUUCCUUCGCUUUUCUGGAGUAAAAUUGGAAUUUCACCUCAAGAGUUCAUCAGCUCGAGAAACAACUCGAAUCCGUUUCCUUUUAAAAAUAACUAAGAUGUAUAAAGACUCUUAUCUGACAUGAAGAAGGAACAGAGAAACACCAGAAGGGUGAUCGUAAACGUGAUAGUGUACAUAGAAGUAACUCUUACCCCCCUCAGCGCAGAGAAGGAGUGAGGAGAAGAGAGCAAAAAAAACAAACAACUGAAGAAGUAGGAAAUGCUCCUUCAAGCACAGCACGUGUGAUAAGCAAGCUCUUUGCUGCCCAAACCGCUUAUCUCUCCAUGCUCUAAUUGUAUUUGUGUCUGUGCCCGUGCUGCCAGCAUGACCUUGCACACCUGACCACACCCUCCAGUCAUUCACCUGGUUGUCCUGUUAGUCCCCCCACCCCCCCGUCCUUCUUUGUCAUUGUCCUCAGUAGACUGUAACGUGAGGUGGAUGGAAGGAAGGAGUCAUGAAAGCCAUCGUGUCUGAUUUUCAGAUAUAGAUAGAUAGAUAAAUAGAUUUGUCAGUCCACCCACUCUCACACCUGCUCAACUGAUCCUGCAUGUACUUUUUAUAGAAAAGUGAACCAUUCUAGACAAUAUCAAUACACUGCUGCUGGUUUCAGAGACUGAAGGGGCAAGAAAUCCGAAGCCACUUUUCUUUUUCUUAUUUCUUUGUUUCUCGUCAAAUGUGCAAGAAUCAGCUUGGGCAUCGACGAGUGGUGACCUUUCACCCAAAAAAAACCCCUUCAUAUACUUCCUGUUGUUGUCUUUAUUUUUUUGUCAUCCUUCAGAAAAUGAUAGCGUGACGGAGGAAGACAUGCAGGGAUUGGUAGACACUGCUGCUCCAAACACAGGAGACAUCAGCAUGCUGCUGCUCUUUGAUACACAUGCUGGAGAAGAUUUGACAGGUUAUUCCUUUAAAUCCCACCUCAACAUCAGUCCCCAGAAACUUCAUGUCCACUAACUAAAGAAAGGCUAGAGGAAUCAUGCAGAGGAGAAGACUGGAGGAAUGUGGCGAUUUGUCCACAGCUGAGAUCUGAACUGUGAGGAGGUGAGAAGGAGAGUGGUGGGUUUCACCUCCACCCUCAGCUGUUUUUUGAGAGGAAAGCCAACUGAGAUAUGUUGACUCAACCCAACAGGACUGUCCUGGGCUGCUAUCUCUCUGUCUCCAGGGUUCUGUUCACUUGAAUGCAUCUUCUUUGUUUUUUUCAUUUCCUACUUCCUUGCUGUUUGUCCAGUACCACGAGAUCACUCGUCGGUUUUCUGUAGUUUUUCUCACACAAAUCUCAAUUCUACACUGCUAGCUCCUUAUUAUCGCAUAUCUGACAAGACAAGCUUGGAUGUAUGGUAAUAACUAACAAAGUCCUUUAUUACGACAAAAAUCAUAAACACAUUUUACCCCCUGGCACUUUUCUUGAUGUAGGACAGCAGAUUAAUACUGAACCUCCUUUGCUAAACCCUCCUCCACUGGACAGCGAUUGUCUAAUCAGAGUUUUUGAACCGUAACUAUGCAUGGGCCACCCUGUCAAGCUCUUAAAUUGCUCCACAUGUUAAAGCUUGUGCAGGGAUGGUAGGAAGGGUUGUAUCUUUUAUUUUUUAUUUUUUUUAAUAGCCUUUCCCAAACAGUAACACAGCUAUGUGUUUUUCUGCUUUAACAUAAGACGCUAAUGUUAGCAUGUCCGGCUAACUAGCUUGCAGUUUAUGUUAAUAAAAAAAAAAAAAAAAAGUGAAAACAGCUCAGUUCUCUCUAUAGUAUGGAUGCUACUAUAUCAGAGUUAAGGGUAACUUUAGCAGCUUUGUCCUGGUCUUUAUUGGAUUUGAGGAUGUUUCACUCAAGCAACUCCAGCCAACCCUCUUCCUAAAACCUUGAAGAUCUCGUUUUUUGAAAUGUUGAAUGUUCAUGUUUGAAAAUAUUAACACUUAAGUAUAAUCUAAAAUCGGUCUUGCUUGUCAAAGUAUGUACUUUAAGCAGGCAAAGAGGGUUAUAAUAAAAUAAAAUGAAAUAACAGUCUGAAAUUAUUUUCUUUUAUAGUUAUUUACUAGUGCUAGGGCUAACUAGCUCUACAUUACAAGAAUGUACAAGUCUUCUAUAUGGAUCAUCAACCGGUGAGGAGGCUAACAUGUAGCUUUAGCUUCAGUAUUUUAGCAACACAUUUUGUAUGUAGCCAUCAAGUGCAUAUACCAUAAUCUAAAGUCAGCCAGAGACGGGACUCAUGGAGCUAACGUUAGCUUAAUUAGCCAAAAUCGACUGUCGCCGGUUAGAAUGACAGUGAGAAGCUGCUUUCGUUUAUUUCUACAUGAAAUCAAAGAACCAUAAUUACUAACGACUUACAGAUCUGCAGACCUCAUGUGUGGCGUGAGUGAAGAAUAGCUAAAGGGGAGGCGGGGCUUAGCGGACAGUGAAAUUGUUACAGCUGUAGGUGCAUCUGGCUCGUUGUUUCCGUAUCUUGCUUCUAGCGUCUGAACUCCGCAGUUGACACACAGGUUGAAGGAACCAGGAGUGUAAUUGAGAUUCUGAUGAGAAGAUUCGGCCACAUCACCUUCUUUUGUCACAAGGAUGUUGAAAUGUGAAUGAGAUGACAAAAUCUAUGUGUACAUAAUAUCCAUGUAAUGUAAGAUUUGGCAUUAAUCAUUGUUAUAAGCUACCUUUUCAUUUUGAAUGUCUGUAGUUUUCUGUUAUUUUCUUGUAAUGAAAUGCCUUUUUUUGAGAACUCACCAAAUGGCCAAAGUGUAAAAUAGUGAUAUACAUUGUUGUAGAUAAGAAAAAAAAUUACGAGAGCAAAUAAUGAAACAAGGAGAGGUGAUUGGAAAUGUUCACAGUUGUCAAUUAAGUUGAUACUGAAUAUAACUAAGUGAUUAUCUAUGCAUUCUUUUGAUCUCGAAAAACAGAAAGUCAUAAAAAGCCUUGCAUGCCCUUGGAUGGUUGAAAGAACGACUGUAUGUACUGAACAGAAAUAUUUUUAUUUUAUUUAUUCUAUUUUAUAAAGGUAUAUACUGAUUUUAUUAGUUGGGGCAAGUAAAGUCACUUGACUCUCUGUCAUUAUCUCAGUCCCUGGUUAACUCACAAUGCUACAACAAGCGCCGCUUUGUAGGAACAGGUAGACAAAGGAAUAUAUCCUCACCUUGUACAGUGCACUGAGAGCUGGGAGUCCACUGUUGGUCUGAACAGUUAACAGGAUUGAAGAGGAGGAGGAGGAUGGUGGUAACAGGACUCCCAGCAUCUCUGUCAAGCUCACACACAUGAACAACAAACACACCCAUUUCCCACAGAUGGAUGUGUCGGCUUGCGUUUGCUGCUCACCGAUUUGUACACUUUAUCAAUGUAACCAAUUGUGAGAAUAAACAGCAUUAUAAAAUAGAA